UACGAGGGCUCGGACAGCGAUUUCGACCCGGAGGAGUACGAGCGCGAGAAGGAGCGUCGGCGGAAAGCAAAGGAGAAUAAAGGCCUGAUGUGAUAGGGGCAUGAGAGAGGAUGGAUCUACAUGGUACCAUGGAUGAUGAACAAAAAAUCAUGACAACCCCAAACCAAACAAAACGACGAUUUCAAGCAUAGCGCGGGGCGUGGGGAAAUGGGGGCGCAACUAUUUGGCUGGCUUUUCACCCUCUCUCCCCCCCUCCUUUUUCCUUUUCCCCUUUCAAAAACUUCCUACCUACCUACGACUCUUCAUAUUCCCCUCCCCUCCCCAAGUCAGAUCAGAUCACUCAUCCUCUCGCCUACCCAUCCAUCCAUCCAUCCAUCCAUCUUCCUUGCUCUUUCUUCCUUCCGCUGUACCACUCAUCCCAUCCCAUCUUCAUCCCAUCCCAUCCCAUCCCAUCUUCAUCUCACGGAUCCUAUAGCAUACAUGAUCUCAGCAUCAUACCUAUGCUAGAUAAGAUAGAUAGACAGAAAACGAGCAGUUAGAAAGACUGCCAUGCAGACUCCUACUAGUUAGUUUACUUUGUAGCUAGAUAGAGUAUUAGGAAAUGAAAUAAAAAACGAUC